UAUACACAAAAACCAGCUUGCAAUAUCAUAUGGAAAAACUCCAUGUAUUCGGUAUUUGGUGAGGAGUGGAAGCCAUUUUCGCUAAAAGAUCCUGAAAUGUUCACGUUGAAUUCCAUUGAUACAGAAAGAACCUCUUUAAAUAUGGCAAACGGCGAAAGAUUUUUUGAACAAUGGUCGGGUACUCUGAUUAGGCUUUCUAUGAAGUGCAACAGUGAAGAACACUGCGUGGUUUUGAAGAUCGAAGGAUCACGGGAAAAUAAAACUCAGAACGUUUCGUCACCAACAACGUCAGCGUUAAAUAGCACAACAACCUCUGACAACUCAACAUCCUCUCCUGAUGGUUCACAAAUGUCUUCGAUGUUUUUUAUUGUUCCUGUUGUUGUGUUCUUUUGUCUACUUAUUGUAGCACUUGUUAUUAUAGUGUACUAUCGACGGCGUGGUAAAAGGUUAAAUUCAGAGGAGGAUCAUCGUCCUUACGAAGAUUCCUCAGCAAAGCCAUUUGCGUGUUACGAAGAUCCUGCUCUGUUCACGGCGGAAAUGCAGGGACUAACUCCAUACGAUAGUCCCGGAAUCACGAUAUGUUCUGGGAACCAUUACGAGCGGCCUAAAGACGGCCCGGACCAACCGAUAUCCCGCCAAAAUGGUAAAGACAGUAAAGAAUUUCAAUACGAUUACGCAACACGCGAGGAAACCUCCCAACUUCCACACAUACUAAACGGUGACAUAACUUUAGCGGACGAAACGUCUGGUGCCGCAAAGCCUCGCCGGGAACAAAAUUCCGAUUCACUGCAACCAAGUGAGAAACGAGAGCAACGCAUAGUGAAGACACCUAUCUAUCAGACUUUAGAAGAAGACUCGCCCGAAAAUGAUAGUAAUAAAUCAGCCUACGAAGAACCACACAAAAAUCCAAACUCACGUGCAAGCGACAAACCCGUCUAUUACACUUUAGAAGAAGAUUCGCCCGCGGUUGAUGAUAUAAUAUCAGCCUACGCGACACCGCACGAAAAUAAAGACUCGUCCACAAGCAGCAAACCUAUCUAUCACACAUUAGAGGAACAUACACCCUAGAUUCAUGUUGCAGCUGAGAAACUGGAAUAUUGUAGAAUAAAGAAACCCAUCUUCCAGGCAUCAGAGAAAAAACACACCAUAAUCAAUAAACACGCCAACCUCGUACCCAGGGUCUUUUACCUCAGCUCCUUGGUACGAGGUUGUAAACAUGCGUGCAGGACACGAUAAAUAGCAAAAGAAAAAAUUAUUCAUAUUUCCACAAAUGCGCAUGCAUGUUCCCAGCGUUAAAAUUUGGUUAGUAAUCUGGGUUAGUUAUCUUUUUUCAGUAGAAAUUCUGCCAUUAUUCAUCGCUGGGUGUGUUUAGUGUUCGUAACGAUAGUAACUGAACAUUAAUACAAUUACUCU